AUGGCCGCACUCAUCGCAGGCACAUCCGGGAUCCUCGUGUGCGGCUUGGUGCUGACUGCGCUCCCGCUCGCGAAGAAGAAGAACCUUCGUGGCUCUCGCGGAAAAAUGUGGACGUCAGCCAAUCUUAACCCGCAUGUGGGGCAAGAGCCGAUAUACUGCCGAUUGUGCGACGGUGAGGGAACCAUUCCCUGCACGCUAUGCAACAAAACGGGUAUCCUCGCCAGGGGGGGCUUUGCAAAGCGCAACACUAUACGUGUGCCUUCGCUAGUCGGCUCGAAAUGGACAAGCGUGUCAGCGAUAGACGGGAAAUGGCGCCACUUUUUGUGCACAGCGAAAAAGGGAAAGAACACGAAGGAUGGAAUUGCCAUAUUGUCGAGCACGUGUGGACCGGUGGAGAAUAGGAUUCGGAUUGAAGUGCCGCUGAAAGAGCUGAAGACCAGGGAAAUGUGGGAAGGGGGUUGGACGACACUUAACGAUAUUAGGGGGGCCGCCGGUGUGGCGGGCACUACGUGUUCGGCAUGUAGGGGGCUUAAAGCAGUGAUGUGUCCUAGAUGUGAUGGCCUUGGACAAGUGGGAUUAUGA